AUGGAGAAAGCGACUCCGCCGCCCCAGCCCCAGCUCCAGCUGUCGAUAGCGAAGACUGAAAGUCCGGCGGAGGAUAUCUCCGGUCUGACCGACGAGGAGCUGCUUAAGUGGACCAAGGAGGAUCUGGUGAGGAGGUUGAGGCGGUCCGAGGCCGACAAGAUGAGCGUGAUUCUGGACCACGGGAAUCUUAUCCGGGAGGUCAAUCGCAGCCUUCAGCUGCACUUGAACGAGAUCAGGGGGCUGAAGGUGAGGGGGCGCGCAUUGGUGAAGGAUGAGAUCAUAGGUUUGGAGCGCACCUGAGAACGCGCAUAGCAUAACUGGAUGUUCAUCUGAGGAGAUAUUCAUGUUUUAAGACUAGAAGUUCCUCAGGCCAGUGUGCAGGCCUCUAUCUGUCUUAGAUGGACCUUAGGUGGACAUUAGGCUUUGCAGUCAGAAGGUCUCUUUCAAUUAUUGGAAAUUAUUCUAGUGUUAAAAAUCAAAAUUAAUGACUAUCACAGACAGAGGCGUCUGUGUGUAAAAUCAGUGUAUUCUGUGAACUUGUAAAACAGAUCCAGGACAAGUUACACCUAAAUAUCCGCUCUCCUUAAAGUGGGUGGAACAAAUUUUACAUUCUCAGUCAAGUCGUGCUCAUAAACCCACAGUGUGUGCCGUGCAAUCUGCUUUUGGAACAACACGAGGACAAAAAUUCUGGUACAACUUUACCAACUUCAAGGUGCUUGGAGAAAAGGGGUCUUUUAAAGAGGUCAAAAGAGCUGCAGCAACACUUGAGGCUUAGGAAAACAGCUUUAUUCGACUGAAUAAUACUUUAUUAAUCCCUAAAGGGAAACUCUGUCUGUUGUCUCAUUUGCCAUGUCUCUAAAAGUCAUCUAGUAUUGACAGAAGAGUUGUACAGUCUGAUAGCUGUUGGUACAAAAGAUCUCCUGAAUUUUUCUGUCUUGCAGCAAAGAGAGAGAGGAGCCAUCCACCAUUGGUCCUUUGGUGCAUUAAAAUGUUGUAAAGUGGAUGAUCCAUGUUCUUGAGAAUAGCCUCCACCUCCUCAGUGUAGAUCUCUCCACCACAUCCUCCACUGAGUCCAGCUUUAGUCCAACCACUGAGCCAGCCCAGUUCAUUCAGAUGUCUUGCAUCUUUGUGUUUGAUACUUCCUCCCCAGGUCUCUUUCAAUUAUUGGCAAUUAUUCAAGUGUUAAAAAAAAAAUCAAAAUUAGUGACUAUCCCGGACAGAGGUGUCUGUGUCUAAAAUCAGCGUAUUCUGUGAACUUGUAAAACAGAUCCAGAACACGUUUGGUCGACCAUAGAUCUAAAAAUCCACUCCCCUUAAAGUGGGCGGAACAAAUUUCACAUUCUGAGUCAAAUCUUGAGGACAAAAAUUCUGGCACAACUUCACCAACUUCCAAGGUGCUCGGAGAAAAAGGGUCUUAAAGAGGUCAAAAGAGCUGCAGCAACACUUAUAGUUUAGGAAAACAGCUUUAUACGACUGAAUAAUAAAAUAAAUAAUGGUCAAAUAAAGCUGUUUUCCUCAACUACAAGUGUUCUGGAGCUUUUUUGACCUCCUUUGGACCAACAUGAGAUUGGCUUUGGAUCUACGGUAGCCUGUAAGGAGGAACCAAUUGCCUUUACUUUCUGCAUGUCUACUUAAAGAGAUUUGUUGAAGAGUCUGAAAUAUUUAGAGUUGAAGCAGAGAGGCAGCAUUGGGUGGCCUCAGAUGGAGCACAUGGAGAUCAUUUGCCUUUCUUAAGCCCUCGUCACCUCUCAACCCAUCCCAGCUAAUUACACAGGAAAGAGCUGGGGGUAAGAGAGGCGUAGAUGGAGAGGGAGGAGAGGUGGGAGAGAAAGGGCUCUUGGGAAGGUGAAGAAGGGAUGUUUAAGCACACUUUACUGGGUGUAAAAUGUUCAGCCUGUGUAAUUUCAUCGCCGUAGCUCAUUUUUACUUCUCUGUGUGGCCUCCUUGUCUUCUUCAUCUACUUUCCAUUGGAUGGUACUCGGCGAGUCAAUGCUUACCUGGAAAAAUGACUCAGAUUAGGAUUUCAUUUCAUUCUGAUUGCAUUUCCUCUGACUGUUCUAUAACAGAGCAUUAAAAGUGAUUGAAAUAGGAAAAUACACGUGGAUAUACUUGGAACAUAAAUCAGCUGAAGAUUUGAUUUUUGAUGAAAAGUCCAAGUUUCUGAUUUCAGCUUUGUUUCAUUCUACGAUGCUUCCUGAUACACACCUGUUUUACCUCUUUCCUCUCAGGACAUUAAUCAGAAGCUGCAGGAGGACAACCGGGAGCUGCGGGACUUAUGCUGCUUCCUUGACGAUGACCGCCAGAAAGGCAAGCGUGUGUCCAGGGAGUGGCAGCGCCUGGGACGUUACAGUGCCAGCAUCAUGCGCAAAGAGGUGACCCUCUACCUCCAGAAACUGAAGGAGCUGGAGGUCCGUCAGGAGGAGGUGAUCAGGGAAAACAUGGAACUGAAGGAGCUCUGCCUGCUGCUGGACGAGGAGAAGGGAGUGGUAGGUGGGGGAGGUGGAGGGGGAGGUAGUGGAGGGGGGGUAGGAAUGGGGGGUUGCCGCAACUCAAUAGACAGUCAGAAUAGUUUGCUGUUGGUGCCCGGGCAUGGGCUCCUGAUGAGAGACGUAGGAGACGGUAGCAGCACCUCCAGCGCAGGCAGCGCUGACAGCUCUGAUCACCCUCAUCAUAAACAGCCUCUCCUGGCUCCGGGGGUGGGUGGAGUCAGCAGCAGCGUUGGGGAAAAAGGGAGCCCUGAGCUUGUGCACAAACCCAGGUGUAGCAGCAUCAGUGGAUUAGCAGGUGGAGGUGGUGGAGACAGAGAGGUGUCCAGUCCCGAGCUUCCUCCUGGGCGCCACCGGAGUACAAGUCUGGAGUACCCGUACACGCUCCCCCAGAUCUGCCGGCCUCGCUGUGGCUCCAUUUCUGUGCCUGACCACAGUCGGGUCAUGCGGGGCCUCAGCCCGGAGAAAUAUGGGAGGAACGUGGGCGGGCGGAGUCCAGAGCAGCACCCCAAGCACCACAGCUCUGAUCUCCUGCUGGGCCAGAGGCAGCACUUCCUGGGUCAGGGGGGCAGCGGGGAGCUUUAUCAGAGGCACAACAGGAGCAGCAUUAGCAGCAUUGGCUGUGGGAGCCCAGAGCCCAGGCUGGCACAUUUAGGGACCACUGAGCACCAUGAAAAAGUCCAGGGGGGCAGCCCUGAAACUCAUAGGCACCAUUACAGUAUGAGCCCUGACCAUGUGAAGUUUGGCAGUCCUGUGAGGGAGGGGCAGAGGAGGGCGGCUGGAGACGAGCUGUCACCACAUCAUCGGAGCAUCUACAAUGGCAUGAAUGGUAGGCGUGUGUGUAUGCAUGCCACUGUGUCCGCGUCACUUCAUGUACUGUGAUCACAUUUGUUUUUUCCUGCAAAGAGUGUUAGUGAUUUCUUUUUCUUAUUUACUUGUGUCGACACUAAACUAUAUGGAUACAUGAGAUUAAAGGGAUAUUCCGGCGUAGAAUUAAUUUAGGGUCAAACACCAAAACACCGAGUUAGACACCCUCUAGAGAGAUGAAUGUUGCCGACCGCUUGCUUCUCUGGUAAAACCAACUUUAGUAACGACCGCAUGAUAGCAAUACACAAACCUCAACCAAAACGCCACUCUAUAGCCACAAAUAAUGCUCAGAACAGCACCUAUCUUCAUCAACAGUACAUAUAGGGUCACAGCCAUAGUACUAGACACCAAACAUCUUUUUUACUUUGCCUGAUUUCUUUAGCAAAGAGACUUAACACAACUCACCCACUCUCUUCCAGCAGCCUCUUGUUUGUGAGACCUCGGGCUAGUCCAUUAUGGACUGCUGCAGGGUGAAGCAGCUCAAGGAAGAACAUUUAUGAUCAUUUCUUCAUGGACAUGUAAUAAGACCGAGACGCUAAGGCAGAAGAACUACUGUGUCUGCAGAGCAAAAUGAUUAAUAUGGUGAUUAAAGAAACUAACAAGUGGCUGCUGGAAGAGAGUAGGUGAGUUGUGUUUAGUCUCUUUGCUAAAGAAAUUAGGUAAACCUAAAAAAAUGUUUUGUGGCUAGUGCUAUGGCUGGGAACUUACAUGUACUGUUGAUGAAGUUAGGUGCUGUUCUGAGCAUUAUUUGUGGCUAUAGAGUGGCUUUUUGGUUGAGCGUGUGAGUGCAGUGGAGUUUCGCAGCUCAAGGAAAAACAUUUAUGAUCAUUUCUUCAUGGAAAUGCAAUCAGACCGAGAAGCUAAGGCAGAAGAACUACUGCAUCUGCAGUGCAAAAUGAUUAAUAUGGUGAUUAUUACUUCAUGGAAAUGAUCUGCUGCACUCAGGCAAAGUUAAAAAGAUGUUUGGUGGCGUAUACUACUGCUGGGACCCUAUAUGUACUAUUUAUGUAUAUGACGAAGUUAGGCGCUGUUCUGAGCAUUAUUUGUGGCUAUAAAGCGGUGUUUUGGUUGAGGUUUGUUGAUGGCUCCUCAGACUCGCUGUGUAUUGCUAUCCUGUGGUCGUUACUAAAGUUGGUAUAACUAGAGAAGCAAAUGGUCAGCAACAUUCAUCUCUCGAGGUGGUGUCUAACUCAGUGUUACGGUGUGUUUGACCCUAAAUUAAUUUUACGCCGGAAUAUUCCUUUAAACUCAGUUUAUUUAUGAGAUCUGAAUGUUAAUGGAAAACACUCACUAGAUUUGAUUGAUACCCUUCCUCUGUCUGACUUGAACAAAAAUUUACAGCCUUAUUGAUUAACUCGUCAUCUCUCAAGGACUGUGGGUUGGCACAGCAGAUGAGAGAGAGAGAGAGAAAUGAAUGAUUCAGAAACAUUUAUUUUAUAUGUCCUGUAUCGAAGUUUAACAGAUUUGUCUCAAGUGAACUGCGGUCAGAUUUCUGAGUUGUGUUCCAACUUCCAACUCUUGGCAGACAAAAAUAGGCACCCACAUGCUCUUCUUUGGCAAUAAAUAACCCACAAAUCUUUGCUGCGAUGUUGCCUAUCCCCGGUGAGAUCAGUGGGAGUUAAGGAGGAAUAUCAAAGUAGCGACUUGGCUGCUGUUUAAAUACCCCACAGUGACUGAUAAUGGUUUCUACAGUCCCUGGAAAAAAAUGCUGAGUGGCACAGAGCUGGCAGAAGCUAAAGGACAAAUUCCUCAAGGUGAAAUAUCUGCCUGACUUUGAGGCCAAAACUACAAGAGAAACAGAGAAAAAGCAAAACAAACAAAGUGAGGAAAGAUUUCCCUCUCCUCUCAUGUAGUAACAUCUGCAGAGACGUGAUAUUAUCCCUGAAUGACGAGUCCUCUCAUCUAUUGAUUACUUGAACUGACCUGUUUUGCUGUUGUGAGACACAAGCUAACCGUAUUAGACCGGGCUAUCCUGCUAGCAUUAGCACCCAACACAUGAGAUCAGGUUACUCAACAGGAGGAGUAAUGCUCAGUCCCCGAAACAGUUGUAUAAUGUCAUCUGUGGCAUCGAUGAUGUAAUCUUGAUGUCAUCAGGGUUAUCUCACUUUGGAGGCGCAGAGACUUCCAUGGGAAAUCUCUGUCACGGCCAUAACAACGGGAAGUUACAUCAUUUGUCUUUCUAAUGCAAGACGAGAUUGUGGUCCUUCCUUUCAUAAACCCUCUUCACUGAGUACCUGGAUAUGAACCAAACAACUCCAAUUCCCCUUUAAGAAUUAUAAAAAGCCACCGUGGCAUCGCAAAUGAUGGCCUAGUAAACAUGCUCUCUAUGGUCAUUUUGCAAUCUCCAUGGAUUGCAGCAGAUUAUUACAGAGGCACAAACAACUUUGAUUCGGAGCAUAAUUCUGUUUCUAUUUCUGCUCUCUGCACUCUGGAGCUCAGUAAGAGAUUUCAAUCUUGAUGUAACCUGAGACCCAUAGGAUGUCUGCAAAAGAGCACGCUGCAUUAAUGCCUUACAAAUCCUUAAUUGGAAAAUGUUGUGAGUGCACUGGGCUCUCACAUGCCCUCAAAACUUGGAGCUUCGCCAACUGUGGCAUAACUGUCGUGAACUUCGCAAAAAAAGGGAAAUCUAAGCCUUUAUCCAGGUUCAUAGAGUCACAGCAUUAUGAAGUCUGCUCCCAUUGCUCCAGAGUAGGGCUGGGCGACAUGGGAAAAGUUUGUCACGAAAUAAUGUUGGGCAUUAUAAACAAAAUCUUAUAUCACGGUAUGAGUAAUUUCAUAUCAAGGUAAUGGUAUGUAUCACUGUAUGUUUUUCCCCCCUGUAAAUUCAAUUACUGGCUUAAAAAUAACCAUAUUGUUGCACUCAGAUUUGUGCACAAAUGCAAACAGAACGCCAAACCAGCCUGGUGAUUUUUAAUCACAUGGCGUACCUUUGGCGAAAGACUCUACAAAGCUCUUCUGUAUGACAGGAGCUGCUGCAGUUUUAGUUUUUGGAGCAUGAAUCUUUUGGUUCUCAUAAUAGAGUUUGGCGUGUUUAAUCUCCGGGUGGUGGAAGAGGUUGCUGGUGUUUCCACCUCCAGCAACAACAGCCACACGACACUCUUUGCAUAGUAGUUUUUUGAUUAUUGUCGAAUUUUCUACGUCCGAAGAAUCUCCAGACAACCAACCCGCACCCUUUUUCAGGGUAGGUCGGGCUGCCUCUGUUUGCUCAGUACUGCCAAUCAUCUCUGCGUCCACCAUGACCACCACCUGUGAAGCUGUUUCAUCUUCGCCAAGCAGUCUGCUGGACACACUGGUGAUUAUAGGGAGCACACCCAAACCUGACCAAUCAAACGGGGCGAACAAACUCUGCACGACACACUGGUGAUUAUAAGAAGCGCACCCAAACCGAUGCGCCCCGGCUUUCCUGUUAGCGAGCGCAAAUGACAACACACUGACUCAGAGAGAUGCAGCAGACAUCUGCUCUCUCUCUCCGGUAUAAACGGUACAGCAAAAUUUCUGCAGGUACAACUUUUAUAACGUCACACGGUAUAUACUGUCAUACCACUCAACAUAAUUUAUAUUUUACAAAUCAGUUGAUAUCGAAAUAUAUCAGGAUAUAAAAAUCUUUGGUGGCAUGUCAUCUGUUGAGCCUUCCUCUGCAUUUCUGCCGGGGAUAGCACAGAUUUUCUCACUGACAGUGCUGUCGGCUUCUUGUGUUAAAUUGCUGCGUAGUAGCAGGUUGCGUGUAGCUGCAACCUGCUACUACGCAGUUGUUUGCUACUCGGUUCUGAUUCAGCACAUGAUUGGUUCAGCGCGGCACAGACUCGGAGGAACCCCCCUUUUCAUUGGCAAUUUGUACAGUCUACCAAAACAUGGCAGAACGUUAGCUAUCGAAAAGCAUAUUGACGGUGUUUCAUAUCGAUAUCCAGGGAAAUUACUUUUUGAUAUAUAUCAUAUCAUUAUCAUUUUAUCGCCCAGCCCUACUUCAGACCCACAUUGGUAUAUCAUGACCAGACGUCAGAAAGGCUGUCUAUUUCUAACAGGAGAAAAAAAAGGGUCCCUACAGGCCCUGACAUGCCUCCUCUGCCCUGACAAGGGCGCUCACGUCAAUUGUCACAACACUAUAUUUACAGUGAGAUGAAGACAUGCAAUCAACACUCAUCUGGAGGUCCAAUAUUUAGCUUUUAUUCUGCAGUUUUAAAAAAUGCAGAUGUGGAUUAAAACGCACGUAGGUAAGAGAAGUAAAGAGGUCAGCUUUUUUAGCCGCCAUGUCCGUGUCUGUCAUCCACUGACCCAUCCUAACUGCCGUGUCCGUUUUUUGGACAGAGAGGGAAUUUAAUUCCUGUGACCAUGUAGUACACUCUACUCGCUUGGAUUAUUCCCUAAGCCCUUUGCACGGUAUUAUUUCAUUUUUUAUGCACUUGCGUGUGUGUGUGUGUGUUUGUGUGUGAGUGUGUGGAUGUGUGUGUGUGUUUGCCACAGUGUCUCAUCUAAGGUCAGUGCAGCAGUGUAGGUCUUUAUUCAGACAAAUGAAAGUCUCAUGUUAACGUGCCGCUCGACAGCGCUGAAGCUCAGGCCAUUUCAAUCCAAAAUGAGAGCAGAGGAACACGCCAACCUUUGCAGCCUUUUAAUGAAAUCUGCAUUUGUCAUUUUUUUAGGCCAGUUUAUCAUCCAAACUCUGUUAUGUUUACAGCCAGGGGGGAAAACAUGCUCCUCAAAAUGACAGGAAGAACCUUUUUUUUGGCUUUGCGACAUGACUAAGAUCUUCAGCUUUUUGAAGUUUUCAGCCAGGAGAAGGAAAACCUGGAUUCCCUUACGGUCCCAUGCCAACAACAAAUGAUCCAGAAAAAUAUCUGGAUUAUCUCUAAUGCAAUAGUAAAAGUUAUUCACAGUAUUCAGAGUGGUAAAGUACAGUUAGAGGUAUAAAUUAGAGGCCUUCUAACUUCACACGCUCCUGAAAAUAUCGACUAUGCAAAAACGAUGGUGCCCACAGAGAUCAUGUGAACUCUGCUUAAAGUAUUUUGUCCGUAUAAAUGGAAAAAAAAGAAACCCUCUGUUAAAAUUGCGACCCAGAUUAAAUUAAUCUGUCUUUCCGUGUGAUAGAUUUGCUCUCAGUGAAGAUAACCAGCCGUGCACACUGUCGUCUCCUGACCCAGACUGCAGGGGUGACUGUUCGCUAAGCCUUACCAAUCUCUGCGCUGCAGAGGGUCUUUUUCAAGAAGGGAUGAGAGACUUAAUCAUGUUUUCUGCUUUAACAAUCACAAGUUCUGCUUAUUAGCUUAAAGCUGCCCGGAUGAUCAGGGGGAGAAAAAGGGUGCAUGAGAGAAAAAAAAAAGGCUUUACAGUGUGAGAAAAUCUCCGUCCUUGUGAUCCCAGUAAAUGCCACGCACUCGCACACUUGGAGUGUAAAAUUUCAUCUAUAAUUUAAUGUUCGCAUGACCCCACACCCUGUCAUUACUGCAGCUAAAAAUCAAGCUUUCUGUUUUUGCAGUUAAAACUAAUUAGAGGAGUAGGUGUACCAUUUAAAAUUGGAGGUAUUUUUUAACGUUGGAGAUGAGUUCUCACUUCAGGUAGAGAUCGCUCAUUUGUUUUCUGAAGCUCUUUUAGUAGCAGAUCAGUCGAGGUUAAAAAAACAUGUAGAAGGUCAUAAAUACAUCAACUGAAAGAGACUGUGGUUACAGCUGUUUGUCCCUGUGGAAGCUGUACUAACAGGGUUUAUGUGUGGCUAACUACAGUAUGGAGGUAAAGACUGGUAAACAGGUCUAUCUGCUAAGUUGGGUUGUCGUAGUCAUUAAAAAGAAAUUUUCUGAUUUAGGGCCUGACCUAUUAAAGGUUUGCGUGUGCAAAAACACUCGCAAACUUGAUGGCACGCGCAACGCUGAUCUACUAACCAGGUGCACCGAGGAUUGCGUCUGUCAAAUGAGCAAAACAAUCCAUUUAGCGCGCUUGCCUUCAUGAAUAUGCAGAAUGUAUGAGUCUCAUUAGAACGCGCAAAAUACUGGGAGCAGCAGAUGCAAAUGAAAUCAUUUAGCACCCGCAAUGUCAUUUAUCAAACCUGGGAACCCAUUGCGGUUGCUGUUUUGCGCCUAUAUUUAGCAUGUUUAAUGGCAGGUGCAAACUGGCACAGUGUUACGUACAAACGGCUGCGGUCAUUGUGGGGAGUAGGAGGUAAGUCUUGGGGACUGUCGAGUCUUGGAGACCGGGGCUGAGUGCUGCGGAGCUCCAAGAUUUAGAUCUUGUUUUUCUGGUAAAUUCGUAAAUAAUUAGGUCAAACACGAAAUCUAUCGGUUUGUUUUAAUCCUUCUUUUGAUUUCUAAUAUACAGUAUUUUCUUGCAUCUGUAAAGCACUUUGAAUUGCCUUGUGUAUAAAUGGUGCUAUACAAAUAAACUAUCUUUGCCUUUAAUGCGGUUGCUGGUUUCCCAAAACAAUAGGUGCAACUUCAAACUUCAUUUUUCGGCUACGAUCACUCUGCUCUCACAAACUCUCCAAGGUGACAGCCACUAACUCACGCAAAAUCCUCGUCUAAAGAGGGCGGUCUGCACCACUUUUGCACCUGCUAUCAAUUGCGCACACAAUGAUAGUACAAUGAUAGUAGAUCAGCCACAACAUGUCCACUGAUAGUACAUGCAAUUUUUUGGUUUGCACACGCAAUUUAGCGCCCCUUUUGGAACUUAGUGUAUCAGGCCCAUGGACUGGGACCCCAAAAGUUAAAGCUCUCCACUAAGAAUGCUUUCCUCGGCUUUGGUAGUUGUAAUCCAAGUUUUCAUGUUGAGUUUUUGUAAAUCUAAUGCCACUUACUUCAGCAUCUAUAAUCUAAUCUAGUUUAAAAUACACAGAGCAGAAUCCAGUAAUAACACAGAGGGACAGAGACAUUAUAAAAGACACUAAAACGACAUAAAAACAACAUCAAUAAAAAUAGUUUCAGAUUGAAUACAAGAUAAUCCCAUCCGGGAUUCAGUUUUUGUUCUGCAUGUUAGUUAUUGCAAAGAUUGAGUCUCUGCCCAGAAAAAGCUGCACAUCGAAAAAUGAGGAUUUAUGUUAGAGCACCAUUGACUUCCUCAUUAGUUUUCUUUAAGUGCCUCUGAACCAGGAGCUUGAAGUGGAACCACGAGGUUACUGAGCUCUCAAAGAGCUCGGCUACAUUUAUAAAUGAUUUCAAGACACUGAUUUAAUAAAUGGGCUUGUCUGGUUACUUAGGCAUGGUUGUCAGAGAUGCUACAAGUGAUCAAGAGGUAAUACUAAAACUCACAAGACCCACAGAGUAGACCCUGUCUCUCAUAAAAUCAGACAUGCUUUUGUAACUUGCGUUUGACUUUCUUCCCUUGUAUAAAUAGAAAUAAAGUAAAGCCUUGAUAUUAGGCGUGAAAGUCUGUACCUUCCUUACGUGUUAAGAUUUAAUAUCUUCAUGCAAACUCAAGUGGAAUGGACCAAGAACAAGACAACAAGUGAAGAAAGAGUGAACUCAUACUGAUUUUAGAGACGAUUCAAACCAACAUCAAGUUUUGACAAAAGUUACAAUUAUGAUUUUUAUGAUUCAGGAUAUCAUGGUUUUAUAAGUCCAAUGAUUUUUAAAAACCAGACAAUUGUCCUGGCUAACUUGACCUUUAAUUCAAAUAAGAAUUUAGGCAGUUUUAUUAAGGCAGUCCUGACAGACUGAACUAAACGCAGUCACCUUAGACAAGCCUCAACUCUGACCAAACCCUCCAGAGAAUCCAGGUCUGAUUCUGUUUAGCCUGAAGUUGCACGUCUGAUCAUCUGCUCUUGAUUAACAUUUUUGUCACUGUUGCUUGCCUCGGCUCACUCAGGAAACUCCCACUUUUAAAUUUGAUUUAAUGAGAAACAGGCUGAAAAAACAGGUUUUGGAGCAGGUCUACAAAAACAGUGACAGACACUUUUUGGUGCAGGUAGCUCCAUACAGACUGUAAAAUUAACACCAUGAAGUUAACUGUACAAUCAUCAACACCAGAGACUAAUAAAUAAUUGAACUUGUGUAAAAUAUGAUGAAAAAGGAAUGUGUUGGAAUAAAGUUGAGAUACUUUUGUCAUAUUGGUGAAAAUAAUCAGCAUAUGUGUUUUCUACUGUAGAUUUCUAGGAUUUUGCAAAAGCAUCAUGACGUUUUGAAAUAGUCAUAAUCUAAGUGCCUUCUUGUUUUUUUCUCCUUCAGUGAAGUUAAUAGUUAAUAUUUGUGUGGCAGAAGUUCAACCACCGUUUCACUAAAUCCAGCGCCACUUCACACUUUAGUUUUCAGGAUUUAGACUGGUUUGUAUCAGCCUUUAAUCACUGCCUUUCACUGUACUUCAUCGUCAUGUGUCAGAGCAAACUGGAGAGAAAUCAAAACACCUACAGAGAGGGUGAGGAGAACUCUGAGCCACCUGAAGCGAUGGAAAAUGUAACUUCUGGAGUUGGCCAUGAUGGUUUAGUGAAAGUAGAAACACCAGCAGUAAAUACAGCCUCCAGUUUUCUCUGUUACCCCCAAUUUCCACUGCAUCUGGAACAGCUAUGAGAAGGACUUAAUUAUCAACCUUCCAUGACCGACUCUAAGUUCUGUUGUCUCUCAUUGUGUUUUUAUUUUUGCCUGAGCGGACAGGUAGGGCUGUGCGAUAUGGCCUUGAAUCAAUAUCACGAUAUAUUGAGCAGUUUACCUCGAUAACAAUAAAUGGGCAAUAACUACUCCACAAGCUGCUCACCCCCUCCCACAUUAACUUUGUCUACUUGAGCUGCCGCUCCAGACGCUACAACUUUUGAACCGUCCUCCAUCUCCUCACCUGUCUUUCCCUCUUUGUUACGGACUGGACGGGGUGGAGUCACGUCUCCAACGUAGGACAGCAUCUUAAAGGGACAUGAGACCAUAGCCUACCUACACAAAUCCAAAACCAACUUUUAUUUAUUUUUUUGACACCGAAUAUUUUGACAUGGACAAAAUGAUGUUUGUCAUUGUUGUAAAUUUUGGUAUCAGUAAAUUUUCAGUUUAUCGCCCAGCCCAAGGGACCAACAUGCACAUCUUUCUGUUCGUAAUAUCUCAUAGAAUUAGCUCAGAUUAUCCGACUGUCUCAUUGAUUGUUUGAACUUUAUAAACGUGACAUCAGCUCAGACAAUUCAGCUCCUCUGGCUGUUGUGAAGUGCUGCUGCUUGUUAGCGGGAUGAGAAAUCAAGACUGCAGCUUUGGCCCCAGAUAAUGUUCUCCACUGUCGCUGAGAAAGGCUCUCACUCUCUCUUUCUCUCCCUUUCUCUCUCUCUCCUUUGCUCUUCUCUUUGUCUUCCUCUUUCCUGCCAUCCUAAUUGGCUGUUAGAGUGAGCAUCCAGCUGUCGGACAGAGAGUAAACUCUGAUUAUAGAGCCCUCUUUCCGGAGGAGGAUGUACAGUUUGCCAGGCUGAGCUGGGGAUCGUGGAGGAAGUAGAGGAAGUAUUUGAGUGGAUUACUUACUGGCUGUUUACUUCCCCUCGUCUCUAUCUUCCUCUCUUUAACACAUCUCUUCCUCUGACACCAAGCUGCAGCCUCGGUCCUCACAUGUUUGCCAAGUCCGCGGAUGGAGAGCGUCCCCUUGACAAACUGAAGCCUAAGCAGCCUGAAGAAAAUCCAAAUGUUUGUCACAGCUGCUCGGCAUAAAAGGAUUUUGGGAAGCAUUAGGCAGCUCUAACUCAAAUGGAUUAGUAUUAUUUACAGAUAGCCUCAUCUGCACUGUAAGCAUUACCUAUCGCCUCAUGUUCAACAGGCUUAAACAAUGUUAGGAGGCUCAAUUUUUAAGACCAAUCAGCAUUUUUAAACUUUUUUCCUACCUUGCUGUUAUUUUCUACUCAAAGUUCAGUGUUUUCCUUAUAGCGCCCCGCCCUGCCAACGAGAUCCCAACUCAGAAAUUAAAGUUGUUGAUUAAUGUAUAUGUGUAAUUUUUUUUAAAAAUCAAAACGGCCUGUAAAAUAUAAUCUGUGCAAUUUCAGACUCUAAAGCUCACAAUCGUUUCAUUACUUUCAAGAAAAGUUUGUCUCUCCACUCCUCUGUGACAAGCGGCACCACUGAUUCUGGUAUUCUGGUCAUGAGCGUUUGCCGCCCAUACCCUGCCAGUAUUGGGCAGGAUGGUUUUGACAGCCUGGGGUUCUGUCCCUUUUCAUCGUGUUUGCCACUAAUUAUACAAUAAAAAAAACUCGUUACAAAUCAGCGAACUGUCCCCGAACGUUUAGCAUCCCAAUUGAAAAUCUCUGCAUUCUUCAAACAGACGGUACUGGGUGAUGCAGACGCUGCACAUUCUCUUGUGGAUGCUAGCUUAAGCAUCUCUGAUUAUAUUAUCGUGAUUUAUGAUUGUGAUAAAUUUCAGUUUGAUCACAGUGAUCAGCUGUGAGCAUAUUUACUCAAUCAAACAUAGCAGAAAUGUGCGCGGCAACAGCCAAUCAGAGUCGAGCUUUUCCUGCUCACCUCUGUAAGUUGCCGGAGAAGUAAACAGGAAGUAAACAGAAUGACCGAACAUGGAGCUAAACGCGAAGCUAUUGAAUUUUCUUUGUUAUUUACUUUGUAUGUUAAUAGAAUGUUGAACUAAUCUCUAGUUACUUAAGGUUUUAGUACAGAUGCUUUAAAACUGGCAGUUUAGAAGAAAAAUCGUGAUAAUAAUCAAGAUCGGACGAUAUGACAAAAUAUAUCAUGAUAAUUUUUUUUUCCAAAAUCGCCCAGUCCUAACGUAUGUCUACAUCAUACGUUUUCCCCCCUGCCAAAGCGAAAAAGCUAGGAGAAACACUGAAGUUGAUCUGCUCUACCAUCGAAACCCAAAGAGAUGGUAGAACAGGUAAAAAAAAGAAUCCAUGAAGAGUUCAGUAUGAGGCCAUCAGAGACUAAUUCUCAAGGUGGAUGUCUUUAUCACAACCCUGCAAAGGGGGAAAUGUUACUUUGAAAUGCUAUCAUGGCAUUUGAAUUAGUAAUUACACCUGAGACCAAUUAUCCCAAACACCCUCGCCUUUGGGCCAUCAGAGCAGCCAUUAACCAAGGAGUGCAUGAUUAGGCAUUUUGUUUAUCUUCCUCCGGUGCAUAUCAUUGUCAUUUUUAAUCAAGCUGCCGUCAGCUCCGACUCUUGAAAGCUUCUAGAGAGAGUCAUAAAUCAACGCUUUGUCGUCUGACGCUGAAAGAGUGGACCAUAUUCUUUUGGUUCAUACUCAUUUUUUCUGCCAAAAACUAGUGACAGCAGCAAUGUCAUUGGGAAAUGUAGUGUGAAAUGUCUCCAAGAAGAGAACAGAAUUACUUUCAGCCAGUUAAAUUAUAAAUUAGGUUAGUGGCAAGGAGGAUGAUACUGUACGACGAAUAUAGCCAAGAUGAGCUUUAACAAUAGCCUUCUGCGGGCACUUUGCUCCAUUUCAGCUCUGUGGUGUGCUCAGAUUUUGUGAUUUUUUUGCAAAAGAAGACUAAAAAACAAUAAUUUUUUGGGGAGUUAGUCAUUUGAGAACCCUACCGUACUGUUUCCCCUCUAACUAUCCACAUGAGCUUUGUCUAGACGGGGGUCGCUCCAGCCCAAACACAUGCCCUCCAGUAGAUAUCCAGUUGAACGGAGCGCAGCCUUUGUCCUCUUACACUGUACCAAUGGGAAACAGCCCACUGAGCUGAGAGGAUAUUAGCUUGCCAGGCUACUUAAUUAACUGGAAGUUUAGUGGCUGCCAUGUAUGAGGGCAGCGCUGGGCCUGAGGCAACUUCUGUUAGUCCCAAAGUCACCAGCUCUAACCAUGUUUAGCUCUGUUAGCUGCACAUGGACUUCAUUUGGCGGCAACUGUGUGUGACACUGAGAGCUGGCAGUCUGAGGGAGUCAGGUGAUUGGAUCAGGGAGAAGGAGAUGAGUCAAGCUGGACAGGUGGAGUGGAGUUGGCCUGCUACUGAGAAGGCUACAGGCGAUAUUUGGACUCUGUGUGUCGCAGCUUCCAGGGUCUUAUUUUGGGAGGAGAGAGGAUGAGUUCACUGAUCACUAAAACGGUCAGACUGCAUGAAACUGUACUGGAAUGUGGUGGGGCCGUGAAGUCCUAGUCGACUGGUUGACUUAUGCUGUGUUCGAGUUACCUUGGAAGUCAGAAGUCUGAGCUGAAAAUGACAUCACAGCCGAGUUACCAGGGUUUCAGCUAUUAAGUCAGAAAAAAGCAGGAGGUGGAAACAAGAUGGCCACAUCUACGAAAGUUAUUUUCAUGCUUGCUUUGUCUAAAUAUAAGGCACAGGCUAAAAUAACUUUCAUAGAUGUAGCCAUCUUGUUUCAGGCCUCUGAUUUUGUUUUUUUCUGACUUGGUAACUGAAAUGCUGGGAACUCGGGUGCGACGUCAUAUUCAGCUCAUCUGACUUCUGAGGUGACUCGAACGUACCAUUAUAAGUCGAUACGUGCUGAGUUGACCAAAAUUCUGAUUGGUCAACUUGAUUUUUUUGAAAGUUUAUGGUAAGUUUGAUCAGGAGGAAUGUACCAAGUGCUAAUGGGGAUGUUUUUAGAGCACCCCCAUUUGGCCUGUCUCAGAACAUCCCCCUUGUUUUCACCAUUUUGGAUUCACCCAACCCACUGGAGACCGUCUGGAGUCAGGAUCAGAAGGGCUUGCCGUCAGAGUCAGAACCCCCGCCGAUUAGUUGAUUUUUGGUCAAAAAUUUCAGGGUUUUAGUCGACAAAAAAUUUCUUUGGUUGAUUACAGUCCUAGAUUGUGGACAAAAUCCUAACUUGGUUUAAAAGAUGUUAGACCCUAAUGACCCGUGAUGCUACCUUCAGUGCAAGAGUCAGUCUCCUGAUCAGAAGGUUGGGGGUUCAAUAAGUGGCCCUGCUGUCCACAUGAUGGGGUCUCCUUGAGCUAGUGAUAGAGAAAGUGCCAUAUACACUUAAUCCAUUCAGCGUUUAAGAAAAAGCUAGAAACUGUAGUUUUGAAAAGGCAUCUCAAACUUCAACAACCAAUGGGUCUCCAUAGCCUGGAAGAGACAGAUGAGGACAGACUUAUCAUUUAGGUCGGUGGUUGUUCAAAAGCACUUUUACAUUGAUUUAACUUGGAUUGUUAACACUUCUCCAUAAAAAUGCAUUUUCCUCCUUUAAUUCUUCGUCCAUGCAAAAUGUGUGUUGGGCAUUUCUCUCAGGAGUGUCAUUAUAGUUAAGGCUUUAACAGCCCACCAUCUGUUAAAUUAAGAAAAAGUAAGUGAGCGAACUGAUCAGAAACAUGUCAGAGCUGCUUCAGCUGACAGCAUUAUUAUCCCUUCCUUACACAACACCUGCGAUACAGGAACCAUUUCCUGCUGCAUAAAUUCAUCUCCUGCCAUAUUGUGCAUUAUGUACUUUUAAAUGAAUGCUAAUCCUGAUCAGAAUGACAGUAAUGCGCACGUGCAUACCUCAUUACAGCGGAUGGAUGGGCUGAUCUUACCCAACCAGCGUGAGAUGAUUGACUCCACUGUCAUUACAUAUCAUUAUCUCUCUUUCAAUGACGUCUUUUGGUCUUUGAGAUCCCUUCUCAUGCUGAUCCAGACUGAACAGCUCAUCUUCCAUCGCUUACACUACCUCCAAUUACCUCCUCAUCUUGCUUUGUGAGAACUGAGACAUCUUGUUUUCUCUAAUAUGACGUUUGUAGUUUGUCUGGAGCAGGGAAAUGUAGACUUUUCAGCACACUUAGACGUAACCGUGGAGGUACCUUCAGUAGCUGUGUUAACAUGGGUCACAAAAUCCUACUUACAAUCGUAUUAAACGCUCAAUCAGAUUACAAAUGUGAGAUGUAAACACCUGAGCGGAUUCGAUUCACUCAGAUUGUAUUAAAUUUUGGAUCCGAUUGUAGGACGUAGUCUACGCCGGUUGAUUGAUGCCAUAUACUAAUGGCUGACUGGACCGUAUUCAGUUUAUAGACUGGAUUACUGGUUCUGUGCGAGCGUCCAAAUAUGUAUGGUCACAUAACCAAGCUCACAGGAAAAAGGAAGUUAAGACCAAACCAUAACAACUAUGGCAAACAAGCAAGAAAAGUUAGACGGGGCUGGAACUACAUUUUUGAUCGAAACACUACGAGAAGUAGUCAAACGCGCUCAGUUAAAAGCCUCUCACGGUUUUCUUUUUUUUCUGUUUGUUCAUUCAAUUGACCUCGAAACUUUCUCUCCAUAUUAUACAGAGAAUUACAACUUACUGGACUGUAAUUUUGAGAUGUUUUUCAUUGUAUAUGUUAACUUUUCAAAAGGAAAAAACUGUUUAUCAAUUGACAGUUUUGCUUUUACUCUACAUUUCCUUUGGCGACCUAAAAGAGGUGGUAGUCCGGAUUUUAAGUCCCCUUUGAUAGCGAUACGUUGCUUUGUAAAAUCUGUCCAUGUUUUCUUUGAAAACUGGCGAAAACUGCUUCCAUAAUGUCCGGAGCAACAACAGUCUUCUAUGUCAUCCGAACCAACUUCCAGCCAAUCGUAUAGUGUGACGUCAUCAAUAGGCUCUGGGCCCCGAGCCGAUCCGGCAGCUCAAACACAUCUGGUACCUACAUCAGAAACAGAGAUGCACCUCUUCUUCACUCACACCUUUGAAGGAAGAGAGGCUUUUUGUGCAUGUUGUAGGAACUAAUCAAUCGGAUUCAGCCAGGCCCAUGUAAACACGGACUAAACAUGGAUCACAGGUGACAUCCGAUUCACUCAAUAUGACUGUUUUCAAUCGAUUGUUUUCAAUCGUAUUGAGGAAAAUGUUGCAUGUAAACGCAGCAAGUGUUAGGGACAUCUCAUCUUUAUCGCUGUAGGUGAUAUACUGUCAAAUAAAAUCCGUUCUUAUUUCAGUGUUUUGGUCAGAUGCAACAUUUUCACUCUAACCCUUUUAAUAGAAAAGGAGCUCUGGUAUGACAAGACCACAAAAGAUGUUUUGUUUUCAUCAGGAAAACAAGGCUGGGUCAUCGAGGUUCGAAGUCUCCUCAAAGAUGGUCAAAGAUGCUAAAAUACAGCAAAGUUCUGUCUUUACAGUUUGUGAAUUCACUUAUAUCUCAUCCAACCUCUCAGAGCUCACACACACACACAUAUUGCACGCACUGCAAUCGUCUACAAACUAUGUUCUCUCUCUGUUGGAUUAUUUAACAGUUCUGGGGAUUGAUGGGCGAUGGCAUGUUAAAAUAGGACAACAGCAGUUUAUCUUGCAAAUGUCGCCCUAAAUAUUUAAUUUUCCUUCGAGAGUCACAUAAGAAUGCGUGCCACAACAACACCACCCUUGUAGAGAGUAGAGUGAUGAUGUGAGGCAUGAACGCACCGGACAGAAGCAGCAAAGAUGAGUUGUGUUGUCUUUUGUUCGACAAAUGAAUCAACGGGAUUUCAAAUUUGAGGGCGAACCCCCGUUAGAAACAGGAGGUGAUGUCUGAACUUCAAGCAUUGUUUUGCACUUGGUUGCAUGAGUAUAUAUGGGUGUGUGUGUGUGAGUGUGUUCCUAAGAAUACCAAGGCAGAGUAACUAUACACACACACACACACACACACAGACACGCACACACACGCACAGUGCUUGUAGGCCCUAUCAGCCUACAGGGCACCAAUUAUCCAGCUCUACUUCACUGAAUUUCAUGCUCUCAUCCCUCUACAGUCUCCUUCAGCCUCUCAGCGAGCUAAACUGCAGAAGCCGUGGCUUCAAGUUAUUUGCUGUUUCUUCCUGCUGUCAUCACUCACUUCAUUACAGUUCUGACUCAGCAGUCAGUCGACACUUUAAAGACAACAAUUAAAGCACUUUUACGACAGCUUUUUAAUCAUUUUUUCAUGCAUUUAUUUACUUUACAUAAUCUAAUGUGAGAACAAAUCUGAGCCUAGGUGAUAAAGAUAUAGUUAAAGCAACUCCAGGAGGGAUUUCUGUGAAGAAAGAGACAUUUUAUCAACAAGGAUGUAAUUUAAAAACAUUAUAAAGGCCUUAAAAAAGGAAAUUCAAAUCCAGAGCUAACAAGAUUUUUACCAUUAUGCUGCAAGUAAUCAGGGAAACGAGAGCGUCAGGAAGGCUCAGUGGUCGCCUACCUUCACUUAAAUGUAAAUGAGUCAAUCUACGUCGCAGAAAAAAGGUGUUUAUUUUCACUCUUGUCAAGAGUUUGAUCGAUAACCCAUUUCUCUUUGGAUGUAAUGUAGCUGAGCUUAAAUUGAAGGCUUCUCAUUAACCAUGAGCAAACAAGUUUUUAAAGGUAGUGGUUUGACUUUGUUGCUGUCUCCACUGCUGGCUGAGCAGUGUCGUUCAGUGAUAUUUUACUGCUAUUUGAAACCAUUUCCUUUGCUUUAACCUUGGAGAAAGACCCUUCAGUUUCAGUUUGAGAUAGUUUCGUUAAAGCUUCGCCAGGUUGGAGGGGUUUAAAAACACCAGCUUGAGUUACCAGCGCUGUGAUAUCAUACUUGGUCUGUUACCAAUAACUCAUCAUGUCAUUUUAUUGAUUUGAAUGGGUAGACUGCUUAUUGGCCUCACCUUGAGCCAAUAGUCUGUGUGUUUUAUUUCACAGACGGCAGAUGAACUGGAUUAAUCAGAAAGUGUGCUGUUUUGGCUGUUUUCCCCUCUUGCUCUGAAUUCACUCUGUCCUUUCUAAAAGGGAUAUUCCGGCGUAAAAUUAAUUUAAGGUCAAACACACUGUAACAACGAGUGAGACUUCCCCUCGAGAGAUGAAUGUUGCCGACCGCUUGCUUCUCUAGUUAUACCAACUUCAGUAAGACUGCAGGAUAGCAAUACACAGCAGUCUGAGGAGCCAUAAACAAACCUCAACUAGAAAGCCACAAAUAAUGCUCAGAACAGCACCUAACUUCAUCAACAGUACAUAUAGGGUCCCAGCCAUAGAACUAGCCAUCAAACAUCUUUUUAGCUUUUCCUGGUUUCUUUAGCAAAGAGACUUAACACAACUCACCUAAUCUCUUCCAGCAGCCGCUUGUUUGUGGGGGAGCCCUGAAGUAAUAAUCACCAUAUUAAUCGUUUUGCACUGCAGAUGUGGUAGUCCUUCUGCCUUAGCGUCUCGGUCUGAUUGCAUUUCCAUAAAGUAAUGAUCAUAAAUGUUCUUCCUUGAGCUGAGAAACUCUGCUGCACUCAGUGUUCGACUCGUCAGGGCUCCCCCACAAACAAGCGGCUGCUGGAGGAGAGUGGAGGAGAUGUGGACUUUCUUGUUAAAGAAAGUCCAGUACUAGUACUAUGGCUGUGACCCUACAUGUAGUGUUGAUAAAGUUAGGUGCUGUUCUGAGCAUUAUUUGUGGCUAUAGAGUGGUGUUUUGGUUGAGGUUUGCACAUGGAGACAUAGACCGUUGUGUAUUGCUAUUGUGCGGUCAUAACUAAAGUUGGUAAAACUAGAAAAGAAAGCAGUCGGCAACAAUCAUCUCUCGAGGGGGGUGUCUAACUCGGUGUUAUGGUGUGUUUGACCAUAACUUAAAUUUAUGCCGGAAUAUCCCUUUAAGUCCCACUCAAAAUGUCACAAGACUGUGUAAAUAUCAAUUAUCAGUCACUCUAUCAUCAAUUUCAGGAUUGGCCCUUAACUAUCUACAACAGUCUCUCUGAUAACGACUGAGUGAAUGAUGACUACUGCAUCCAUGACUGACAAACAAUGUUGGUGUUGUUGUCAGCGACCACAGAGAUCAAAUUUCACAAACUUGAAUCAGCAUCAACUUCAAGUUUGUUCCUCUCAAGUCUGAGCCGUCUGUGAGACACGACCACAGAGCAAACACCGACUUGACUCUGUAAAUAUCCGGCACUGCGCUCCUCUCUCUGUUUGUGCUGUGGGCACUCAUAAUCUCUGCAUUAUGCAUUCAGAACUUGCCCUCAUGCUCCAGAGUUGCACAUAACAGCACUGCAGCCGCCCGAGGGACAUCAAGACAAGUAGCUCUCCUGCCAGGCAGCCUCACUCGCUGACUGACUGACUGGCUGUCUCUCUGAUUGUCUGACUGACUUCUAGCUAAACGGAAGGUCACUGAUCUGCCAUGCAUCUCCACAGACUUUCCUGCCCAGUCGGCCUGAAUAAUUUAUGUGGCAGAUUUUUAGGAGAUCUGAGGGGAACGGCCAUGUGAAAUUACCUUGCAUUGAUCCUGUAAGUUGAGAGAAGAAGAGGAGCGAAGGGGGGCCGACGGAUCAAAGAAGAUUGAGAGAUCGAGAGAGCUGAAAAGAGCAGCUCUGUGUGUUUACUGGCUUGAUUCAGAAAUCAAUAAGAACUUGAUUACUUGUAUAAGUCAUAGAAAGUUGUUUUUCAAAGCUCCUCUUUUUUGUAUUUCUUGGAUUCUGGCCUGCUUGGAUGAUAUUUUAAAACUCACUGUAGCAGAUUUUAAUGAAAAAAAGAGGUCUGAUUUUUCUGAAAUGGGCCUGCUUUAUCUAAACUGUAAGGUUCUGUGUUAUAUAGAAUUAAUAACUGGUGUCUGCCGGGGAGGGAGAAGAGUCCCUGAUCCACAACAGUGAUAUAUUCAGUCUGGGAGUAAUGUCUCCCAAGCCAAUCUAGCAGAUCUCUUUGUGGGGAAAUUUAGAGCUUUCCUCAAGCCCUGGUGUACAGAGGUGGAAUUUAAGCGAGCUUAGCCCCCCCUAUUAUUCUGGAGUAAUCAUGUUAUCUAUAUACCCGUGCUCUGACCCUCACACGAGCCCCUUUCCCUCCACACAUCGCUCACAUCCUGUUAAAUCCAAUUUUGGUUUUAAUGCCCUGCCCAUAACUAAAUCAACAAACACAUUCCAAGUGUGCUGUAUGUUUUCACGCUCUGAAACUCCCCUUGAAGAGGUCACACAUGCUGAGGAGCUUCUAGAAAGAGCGAGUUUGACUUUUAUGAAGUUCAGUUUAAAAGGAUUCGCUGGAUUUUGGAGCCUGUCUGCUGCUGCGUGUUAACAGGAUUGCUCAUCACAUGAUACUAAUCUGUAUCCUUGUGACUUGUGUAUGUGUGUGUGAGCUGACCUUGAGCGUGCAUAUCUUUGAGUUUGUGUUCUUGAGGAUGAGGAGCUGACUUCUCAGACUUCUAGGAAGUUUCUCUUGUUUACCCUCUUUCACGCCGUCUCCUCCUAGUUGAAAAAGUGCGUGUGUUCGACCCCUCCCUUUGAAAUAGUGUCAAAGCUGCACACACAGCAGUCACACUUCUGGGAAAAGAAAUGCUGUAAGACAAAAAUAUUACGAAUGUUUGAAACCACACCUCCCAGAAAAAGUAAUGUGCAACAGAUGGGCGUCGUACAUGUGUUUAUGAUGAACAAAUGACCUGAGAAGCAUCUGGUACUGGGUCGUGAAUUAAACUUACAGUUUUUAUUUGAAGAAAAAGAAUUUCUUAUUCUUGAAAACUCUUAAUACCAUCUUUUUAAAGCUGCUAACUUUGUUUUUAUAAAAGCUAAAGUCUUGCUGGGGUUUCAUAUCACCUCCGCUAUGUUUCCUAACUUAUUUGACAAGCGUUAGGUGAUCCACAGACAAGUUGAACUUUUCUUAGUGUAUACCCACGGUUGUUUUAAUGCCUGUAACUCUGAUAAAAGUCCCUAUGGAACAGAAAUCUUGUUAAUUAGAUAAACCAGCUUAAGCGUGAGAGCGAGCUGCAGUUCCUUCUAUGCUAAGUUUUGUUUGUCUCCCAAUCAGGUGUGCAGAAUUAUAACUGUCUGUUUGUAAUAUCAAUAAGUUUUUACAGAAGGGUUCCUGCUUCUAUUUGCUAUUAAUCUCAUAAACAAUCUCAUAUUAACAUCGAGUGGGCAUUUUGACAUGAGAUUUUAUGAGAAUUUCUCAGCUUUUGAGUCCAGCCUCUAGUGGACGCUUGAGGAACUGCAUAUUUGGCAUUAACUUCAUUUAACAGCGGAGAUAGCUACCCUGCUAAAGUCAUGGCUGACUAAUAUGUGCUUUUACUAAAGUUGUGAGCUACCUUUGGAGGGUAUACUUGAAAACUUUGUGAACACAGGACUCAUCCUAAUGUCACCUUGAAAAGUGGAUGAUAAAGACUUCAAAUAGGUCCUUUUCCUUAAAAGUCUUUUCUCUGCUAUGACAAAGAGGAAAAAGAUGUUUCCUCUGCCAACAAGCUUUCUGUCACGAUGAGUCAAAGUGUCGAGCAUGUUUGACGUUAACUUCUCUGGAAAAAUGCUCAGUUGACUUGGAGGUCAACUACCGAGUUGUAACUCUAGUUUGUCCUGCGGGUUCAGAGUUCAUGAAUGCAGAUUUGAUUUCUUGCAUUCAUUCAAAGCUGCGAACAGAAACUGCAGUGACAGAGUCCUGUGUUCAGAUGCACCACUAAAGCAGCGAGUACCUCCACACUUUCUCAGUGUUUUGUGCAAACAGAGAGGAUGUGAGAUGUGAUCAUGUGUUUUCCACUCUCUAACCGCUCUAUGAGCUUUGCGUUAGCCGUGAAAUCAAUUCCUUUCCACACACCCUGACCUCCAAAUGAAAAUACCCUCCAGCCCACUGCUGCAUCCCCCCGACGCCUUAAAGACGUUUUAUAUCUGUGCCCUCUUGCCAUACACCCCUCCCCUCGUGAAGAUAAACAGAGUGAAGGGAGGGGCGGGAACUUAGUGAGUAAGGUGGCUGCAGGAAUCUUUAACAGAAGUCGGCGGUCACAAGAGCGUUAUGAAUCUUUAAUGAGAGAUGUUAGCCCGCCAAGGAGAGGAAAUGUGCUGAAAACGUGAUUACGGGCUCAUGGGGAGGGAACCGUUAGUGAGUGAAGAAAGAGAGAGAAAGAGGGGGAGAUCAUGGAGGGGAGGAUAAAAAUUCUUUUCAAGGGCGAGGAAGGUAAAGAAGCAGAUUUGUUUUUUUUAAAGAUUAAACUGCUGAAGGCAAAGGUAGCUUUUCGAUUCUCUCACUGAAUGAAGUUUUAAGUAGAUGUACUCAAAAAGAGAGUGAGGGCAAAUAUGGUGGAUUGACUUUAAAACUACUCCAAGUGAACUUCGAUCUGAAAGCAAUACUUAAAAAUAACAAAGCAGUACUGGAGUCUUUGGUUAAUGUUAUUACAGCAAAAAAGAAAAAGAGCCUUGAGAGAACAAAGACAGUAAUUUUGAGUUCAACAGUGAAAGGAAAAAGUCUAAACCUCUUUUUAUUGAACAAAGAGAAUAAAAAUACACAACACUAAGAAGUUUGAUUUCUCCUCUAAUGAUUUUCCUGAACAUAACACAAGCCUAGAUUGGUCCAUAUUCAUUCGACUAAGGGCGCCACAAUUCCUCGUAUAAAGACUCCUCCAUCACCGACCACUUUUACAUUCAUAUGAACAUACCUGUUCAUCGAGAUUAAGUAAAGAUAGCCUGCCUCUAGGUGGUAAAUACUAGUAAGUACUCUUUUUGUAAAGUUGGGCCGCUGUGUAAUAAAACUCAAAGUUACUGAUUACCUACAUACAGUUCAACCAAAUUACUUUAGCCACUAACAGACACUCAAAUUCAAAGUCUUAUCAUAGUGUAUGCUGAAUGGCUGUUUUGCUUAACAAAGUUAAUAAAACUCCAGUAGUGCCGAGAAUGAAAGGGGGUAUCUGGCAUGCCACUUACAACAGAGUGACAUAUACCAGUUUUCUAACUGGUAUUGUGGUUCAAUCAGUGGUAUAUUUAGUGGUUACGAAUGAUAUGUCUCUGUAUUAUGUGGUCUUUUUGGAUUGUUUAUGUGUCAGAGAAAACAGUGCAUUUUCUUUCCAAACCUUUGCCUCAGUUUUCUUCUCUUAUACCGUUGUACUGAGCAUCCUGAAAAUAGCAGCCUACUAUCAAUAUUGCAGUGCAGAUUAAUGGCUAACAUGGUUAGCAUUAGCCUAGCCUAGCCUAGCCACCGUAUCCAGUCUGACUAAAUCGAUCAUAGAGCAUCGCUUCUUCCUCUUCUUUGAGUACUAUUUUCUGGCUGUCACUCCAAAUCUUUCACACUGAAAAAAUCAAAAUUGUGUCAACAAAAUUUAGAGGUGUUAAUCUCAAAAUUUGGACAUUAUUCACGACAUUUCGUAAUCUUGAAAUUCAAAUUUUUAAUCUUGAAAUUUUGAUUUUACUGACAUAAUUUCGAUUUUUUUAAUCUCAAUAUUUCGACUUUACUGUCCUUCCUGUGAUAUUUUUUUCUCUUCACGUUGCCCUAAUCCUCUUUUGUACUAUUAUGAUCCAGAAACUGAAAUACAGUAAAUUAGGCAAGAUGUGUCACAAAUUCAGAAUCUCAAACUUGUGUUUUGUCUUUCGUUUCUUUACAAACAAAUGAAACCAUAACCAAAAAACAAACAAACAGUAAUUUGCCAAAAGUUUGGGUAAAGCGAGGAUUGCUGUUCUGCCUUGCUUCCUUUGGUGUUUGUUAUCAUUUUUCGACUUCAGCUUCAUACUUCACUGUGUUUUUCAUGAGUUAUUUUCACUUUUUUAUGUACCUUCUAAACACAAAGCUCCAACCAUUAUAGGUGUUUUUAAUUUCCUUGAGGGAACUUUCCCAAAAGGAUAAAUAAAGUUGUAUAUUUAAUCUCCUCUCCUCUCAAAACAGCCCGUUUUAAACUCACCUCCUCCUCUUUUCCCCUUUUUAUCACAGCUUUGAUAUCAGCCGGCUGCUGCACCAACAACUGUAGAAAUGUCAAGCUAUGGGACAGGUAAGAGCCCUUGUCGGCCUUGUUUUAUCUUUAUAAACCUCUUUUGUGUUAAUUAGAAUCUUUAAAAAGAAGAACAGCAAAUGAAGGUCACUCUGUGCUCUCUCCACCAGGGCCUGUAAUCCUGUAGUUAGCUCCCAUUAUUCUUUUCCACCAAACAGAGUAGCCAUUUAGCCGAGCCUGGACACAUAUUUACAGUCUGGUGUAAAGGGCGUUUGUUCAAUUAAGGACAAUCAGAGAUCUCUAAGCCUCAAAUAUGAAGAAAAAAAAAACAGUUGAAUAUUUUCAUUUUGGCUCCUUCCUCAUCAUUGGCUGAUGAACUCGUUAUCUCUGACUGAUUAUCUGUUAUGAUCCUGUCUUUGAGUUGGUACCGCUUUGGUUGAGUAAUGUGUUUGCAUGCUCAGUCUAGCCCAGGUGUAAUCAUGAUGGGUUUACAGUAGGACGACAGAGUUAGAGGUGACCCUAUCCCGUCUCUGUGUAUAUCCCACAUCUUCAAUCAGGCCCCAGUGGGAGAGCAAGAUGGCUCUGUUAAUAUUUAAUGACUGCAAGACAAGACAUACCUGCCCCCAGAGAGUAGCCGCACACCUCCACACCUCCAACAACACAAGAAAAGAGCAUACAGCCUUUUCUACAACUGCAGUCUUAUCAUUCCAGCUCUGCAUGCCCCUGUCUCAACCUACUCCCACCUCCUCCAUACAUGCUGUAGAUAUCAGUGACUGAGGUAAGGCGAGGGAAUGGCAGGAGCGCCAGUGCUCUUAUGCCACAAGUCUAUGCUAAGAGUACAGUCAGAAGUCAGGUCCCAGAACUCUCAGCUGAGGGACGAACAGACUCAGGUGUGAACGGAGGGCUGUGUCAACGAUCACAAACGCAAAACUUCAUCUGCAGAUCUAUCCCACCAAACACCUGACGUCAUUUAGACGUCUUUUUUCAGGCUAAAUCACGUCAGCCCGUCAUGGCUGUAAUUUAGCCCAGAAAAUAAACGAUAAAAACUGGGCUUCAUUUAGACGGCGUGAAUCUAGACUAGUGAUGGGCAUGGCAGUACUUCUAGAUGUACUGAAUCACUAGAAUCAGUACACUAAAAAGAUUAGUUCACCGAAUCACCAAAUCAUGUAGCGCUUGGUGGGAGGAGCCUGUGACUCCGACCUCCUGAAGUGAUACACAGCUGACCGGUUCAGAAUUCAGUUCAAUUCAGAGCUUCUGGGACUUCAUAGUGUUUGGCUGUGUUUAAGGCAAACAGGCUUGUAAAAUAUAUAUAUAUAUGUAUAUAUAUAUAUAUAUAUAUAUAUAUAUAUGUAUAUAUAUAUGUAUAUGUAUAUAUAUAUAUGUAUAUGUAUAUAUAUGUAUAUAUGUAUAUGUGUAUAUAUAUGUAUAUGUAUAUAUAUAUGUGUAUAUAUGUAUAUAUGUAUAUAUAUAUGUAUAUGUAUAUAUGUAUAUGUAUGUAUAUAUAUAUAAAUAUAUAUAUAUAUAUAUAUAUAUAUAUAUAUAUAUACAUAUAUAUAUAUAUAUAUAUAUAUAUAUAUAUAUAUAUAUAUAUAUAUAUAUAUACAAACAGAAAAAAAAUUACUCUGAAAAUCAGAAAAAAAUUAGUCCAACAAGCAGAACAGAAAAAAAAACAAAAGAAAGAAAAAAAAAGGACAUUUUAGUCCAAAAAAAAAAAUUACACUGAAAAACAGAAAAAAAAGAUACUCCGAAAAACGUUUUGACUUGACUUUGACCGAAGAGCUUUUUUUUGUGGUGAAUGCAAUACGCUUCCGUAAAUAAACAACAAUAAGAACAAUAAAAAUCAUUCUCCUGUUUCUUUAUUUCUUCCACAGCUUCGACGCCUCGUCUUGACCUCACCUUGAGCAGCUAAUCUCCUGGAUUAGAGGUGGGGUCGCAGUGGUACAGUCCUGCCGUGUCUCUGGCCUUGAGCGUCACGAGGGUUCCUGGACUCUACCCUCCAUGGCUCCAGAUCGGUUCAUCGUCUGUGGGGUUGUCUGCGUCCAAAGCCCUGAAACAGCCUGCCUCCAUGUUUUUAUUUCAACAUAUCAAGAGUUUGAGAGUUAGGGGGGAGGAUAUGGAGGGUUAUGUGCUUUAAGUAAAGUUGGUCAACUUCUGCAGACUGCCACAGUGAAAAGGACCGGAGUGGAUUUUUUCUUCCUGCCAAAUACGACAUGAAGGUACUCGAGAGACAGGGAGAAGACGGUGGGAGAGGACUCUGCAGUGUUGGUGCUGCUGCCCUCUGUUUACAAUCGAUGAUUAAUGUUGGAGAAGCACAGAAACUGAACUUUCUACACCCUGCUGUUCUAAACCCUGAUUAUUUUCCUACCUUCUCCCCCUUUCUCCUAUCUCCAUCCCUGUUUUUCCACUCCUUCUCUCACUCCUCCUCAGAUUCCCAUCAUCUUCAGAGUGUGUAAUGAGACUGCUGUAAUCUAACGUUCUGUCUCUCUAUCUCAGCCGAUCAAAUGAUUACCACUGUCUUCAACCUUUACAGCUACUUCAAGCGAACUAACGAAACAAAAACCAUAUUCGUCAAAGAUGUUCUAGCAAAGUAAAUAAACUCUUCCUGUGUCUUAAACCGAGAUGGUCGACAUAACUAGCUGCUGACAGAUGUUCUAGUUCUAUAAGAUGCAAUGUUCAGGUGUAAUUUCUCUGUUUUCUCGAUCUUCUUUGCUCCCUUAAAGCGCCUAUACUGAAGCUGGGGAUAAGACUCUCUGUUUCUCCAUGUUCUUUUUUACAGUCCAAGUAAAAAAGUAGAUUAUUGGAUUAGUUUUCUAUAUAUCUCUCUAUAUAAAUAUUAUAUGAUUAUUAUUUUUGACUUACUGGUAUUAGAACUAUUAUAUGAAGAUGCAUAUGAUAUAUAUCAAAUAAUAAACAGACUUCUUUAUGUAAAAGUG